CCGAGAGCGAGCAAAGUUCAUAGCGUGGCAAAAAUGCUGAAAGGGCGGAUCGGUCUAUAUAUUAUUCAGUCGCAAAGAGCGGCAUUCUUUUCCACCAGUCAACAGCGUUGGCAGACGAAUGCGGCUGCCGCUGAAACCAGAGACGAUCCGGAAUGGCUGCAGGCCAAGCCUUUCGAGGAGAUACCACGGGCCAAUAUGCUUUCCCUAUUCGCUAAAAUCGCCCUGCCCGGUGGCAAGUACAAAAAUCUCGAAUUGAUGGAGAUGUUCAAGGCCAUGCGAGAGGAUUAUGGUGAUGUAUUCUUCAUGGGCGGCAUGCUGGGCAGCCCCGCCUUUCUCAUGACUCACAAUCCGAAGGACUUCGAGGUGGUCUUCCGUAACGAAGGCGUGUGGCCCUUCCGGCCUGGCAGCGAUACCCUGCGCUACCAUCGAACAGUGCACCGAAAGGACUUCUUCCAGGGCGUAGAGGGUGUCAUUCCCUCGCAGGGCAAACCCUGGGGCGACUUUAGAUCCAUUGUGAAUCCCGUACUCAUGCAGCCCAAGAACGUAAGGUUGUACUUCAAGAAGAUGUCCCAGGUCAAUCAGGCAUUUGUGCAGCGUAUUAAGAACAUAAGGGAUCCCAGCACUCAGGAGGUUCCUGGUGACUUUAUAGACACGAUCAAUCGCUGGACACUCGAGUCGGUGUCUGUGGUGGCCCUCGACAAGCAGCUGGGUUUGCUCACGGAGGAAGGCAAGGACAGCGAGGCCAUUAAGCUUUUCAAGCACCUGGAGGAUUUCUUUGUGCUGUCAGCCGAUCUGGAGAUGAAGCCAUCGCUCUGGCGUUACAUCAAGACCCCUAAGCUGAAGAAAAUGUUGGCGGCCAUGGACGGCCUUCAGGACAUCACAUUGGCCUAUGUGGAGGAGGCGAUCCAGCGACUGGAAAAUGAGGCCAAGGAGGGAGUGGUGCGUCCAGAGAACGAACAAAGUGUCCUGGAGAAGCUCCUAAAGGUGGACAAAAAGGUGGCCACCGUAAUGGCCAUGGAUAUGCUGAUGGCUGGAGUGGAUACGACAUCAAGCACCUUUACUGCCCUGCUGCUCUGUCUUGCCAAGAACCCGGAGAAGCAGGAAAAACUGCGAGAGGAGGUGAUGAAGGUGCUGCCCGAAAAGGAUUCCGAGUUCACCGAGGCCUCCAUGAAGAAUGUCCCAUAUCUUCGUGCCUGCAUUAAGGAAUCCCAGCGGAUCUAUCCCCUGGUGGUCGGAAACGCUCGCGGCUUGUCCAGGGAUUCGGUAGUUAGUGGCUAUCGGGUUCCGGCUGGUACCUAUGUGUCCAUGGUUCCCAUAGGUUCUCUGACCAGUGAGGAGUACUUCCCAAAAGCCUCCGAUUUCCUACCCGAGCGCUGGCUGCGAAAUGCCAACGAUUCUGCCGGCGGCUGUCCAGCAAAUGAUCUGAAGACCAAGAAUCCCUUCGUGUUCCUGCCUUUUGGAUUCGGACCCCGGAUGUGCGUGGGCAAGCGCAUCGUGGAGAUGGAACUGGAACUGGGCAUUGCCCGACUCCUGCGGCACUUCUCUGUGGAGUUUAACCAUUCUACCAAGAAUGCCUUCCGCUCGGCUCUAGUCAAUCUACCCAACAUACCGCUUAAGUUUAAGUUCACCGAUUUACCCAACUAAUUGAAACAAUUUUGAAUGGAUUUUGAUAUUUUCUGUUGUGAUAAGAUAGGUGUGUGAAUAGUAUAUUUUUUUUAUUGUUAAGUUUAUAGAAUUGUUAAUAUAUUAUGCCUUAAGUGAGAUCCAACUAUUAAGGAAGCAAUUUCUUUCAGUGCAUUAAAUUAAAAUCCGGACUAAAUAACA